AUGAGCUUGAUGGGUGAACUAACGUUCUUCCUUGGACUUCAAGUUAGACAACUUGAAAAUGAAAUAUUCAUAAAUCAAGCUAAGUACACCAAGGAAUUACUGAAGAAAUUCGUUAUGAAGAACUUCUCAGAUGCAUCAACUCUCAUGAACUCAUCGAGAAAACUGGACAAAGAUGAAGGCAUUCAGGAUGUUGAUAUCACAGCCUAUCGAGGGAUCAUUAGCUCCAUACUCUAUCUGACAGUUAGUCGACCAUACAUCAUGUUCGUUGUCGGAGCAUGUGGAAGAUUUCAAGCUAAUCCUAAACAAUCUCAUUACAUAGCUGCUAAACAUAUUUCGAAAUAUCUUAAGGGAACUCAAUACUAUGCAGGAUGUAAGAUUGACAGGAAAAGUACUAGUGGAACGUGUCAAUUCUUUGAUGAUCGUCUGAUUUCGUGGUUUAGCAAGAAACAGACGUCUAUUGCCACUUCACUAGCAGAAGUUGAGUACCUUGCUACUAGCAGCUGCUGUGGAUUCAAUAACAGAUGA